AUGGAUACGGAAAUUGGUGGUAGAGGCCUUCACCACAAUUGUUUUGGUGGUGGUCGUGGUCAUGGUCGACCAAGCAAUAAUUAUCAACCAUAUCCAAGACCCUCAAACUCUCCAAGAUACUCUCAAGGGACUUCACAACGUUUUCAACGUGGAGGCAAUUCCCAGCAACAAAACCAAGGACGAUUUCAACCAAGACACCCCAACAAUGGUGGUAUAGGCCGUGGAUUCAAUGGCCAGCGCAGUGGACGCUCCCAAUCUGGUCGUUUUCAGCCAGGACGAAACUAUCAAGGCAGAGGCCAAUCACAGCAACAAAACAGUCAAAACUACUAUGCUGAGUUGCACUACAAUCAAGAAGCUGAAAGCUUUGCUGCGGAAUGCAGCGUUCUGGAAUGGAACCAAGACGGAAUGUCUUAUGGUGGAAUGCCAAGUGCCGAGCAGUACCAGCAUCAGGAACAAUAUUAUCAAGCUGAAGAAAAUCAGCAGUGGAAUGAUCAAUUCAACUAUGAACAAGAAGAAUAUUAUCCUGAAGAACAGGAGGCGCACGAACAUUUUUCCUAUGAUGAGGAUUCGCCAUUUUCCUUUCAUGAAGAGCAUUACUGA